CGUGAGCGCGGGGCUAACGAUUUCAUGGCCCUUCACCUCUCACUUCACCUGGUUUUGCAUCGCAACUGGGUUGCGUGUAGCGACGCAAUUAGAGUAUGCGUGUUUGUUUCGGCGAUAUUACUUUUCGCCGAAGCAAACGUCGCCUUGGGAUUGCUGAUGACGCCAGUGGUCAGGGUGCAAGAAGACCAUCUCAGCGGACCCCCUCGUAGCACAAAAUCCAACGUCCCGCAUCAAACUGGUGCUGAUCCUGGUAAAGCCAUCUACAGUGGCAUCUCUGUCUCCCGUGGGAUGGUGGAUGAAGGAUGGCUCGACCGGGCCAAGGUUCAUGGGGCCAUGAUCCUGUGUGGUGCUGGCUAUGGCGGCUAUUUCGUGUUUUCGAAGGCCUGUUUGACUGGGGGGGUCGACCCGUUUGUGUUUUCAAUGUACCGUGACUGCAUUGGCUGCAUCACUUUGUUUGUGUACGCUUCGGUCUUCGAAAGGCAACAUUGGUCAAAGAUCUCCUUGGAAAUCGUAGGACUUCUUUUUGCAAUGGCAAUUUUUGGAGUUUACUUGCAGCAAUUACUUUUCCUAAUUGGCCUGAAAUAUACAAAUGUGAUUUUUUCCUCCCUCAUGAUGAACUGCAUCCCAGUCUGGACAUUCCUAAUAGCAGCAAUUUUCCGGAUAGAAGAAGUUUUUUGGUGUAGGAGAGAUGGGCAAGCCAAAGUCCUGGGAAUUUUGUUCUGCGUCUGUGGAGCUACUAUUCUGACUCUUUACAAGGGUCCUAUACUUUUUGGAAAUUCGACACCCGUAUCUCCUCUUCGUAAUUCUCUAUUCUCCGUUUCGCAAGUUCUGAAACUCGAUUCAUGGAAAUUCGGCGCACUCUGCCUUGUAUUUGAUAGCUUCGUCUGCGGAGCAUUUGUCAACCUACAGGUUCCAGCGCUUAGGAGAUUUCCCGCUCCACUCACCUUAAUGUCCCUUACAACUCUGCUAGGUGGUUUUAUGUUUGCCAUCACCGUUUUCUUCAGGAUGAAAGAUGUCUCGGAGAUAAUUUUUUCUCCUGGGCCAGACCUCAUCGCAGUCAUAUAUGCAGGACUAGUGGCGUCAGGGUUGUGCCUCUUUUUCCAAUGCUGGGCGAACCACAAAAGUGGCCCAGUUGUUGUUGCGGCCUACACUCCGAUGCAGCCCAUUUUCUCCGCAAUUUUUGGUACCAUAUUCUUCGGCAAUGUGCUCGUCCUUGGAAGUUUACUUGGUGCCGCUUCAAUCAUCUCUGGCCUAUUUCUUGUGAUUUGGGGAACAACAGAGAGUAUGCGUUUGAAAAUUCUCUCACUCCAAAUUCCGACUCAUGGAUAUUAUGGAGAUGCCACGAAGCCAACUUCACCUCCUGUUGAUCCAUUUCUGACCAUUACUGCACCCUUGGUCCAGCCAUUACUAUCGUAAGAAAGUUUCUGCAUUGUCGAUCUACUUGAGGAUGUUCGACAGUCUCAUCACAAUAAUUGAUCUUUUCAUGGACGGAAUGGUCUCUCAAGUUUGUAAAUGUAGAUGAUUUUUAUAUUUAAAUGGCCUAUUUGAGAUGACCUUGGAGGUGUGAAACUGCCUUGAUGCCAUUACAGACUUAGUUUAUCUCCCUGGUUAUUUAAUAUUUACGAUGAACUUCAGAUUUCAACUCGAGACUGGAGGAUACUUCUCCAACUCAAAACUUUGUAAAUUAUUUCAUUUAAACUCUAUUUUGCAUUUGCAACAUACAUUUGAACUGGAAUCUGAUGUACUCGUUGCAAAUUUACUGAAA